AAUAGACAAAGCAUACUGGUUCAGUCGGUGAUAAAGGGAACAUAGUUAAAUUGUCGAUAAUUUUUGUUUGGCAUUUAUGGAAUUUUCUACAAGAUAGUAAAUGUGUCUCCUAACUUGGGUGUAGCAGAAAAUGCAGACCAAUACGAAUUUAUUAUAGUACUACAUUUUAUAUAGUGACCGAAAAACAUUUCUAUGAAAUGAUUAGUGUACCAAAUGAGUAUAAUUGUAUCGUAGACGUGUGAUUCCAGUAACCGUCUGCGAGUUGUAUACUUAUGUGCGUAGAAUUUAGAAAUGGCAACUGGAGGUAGUAGUUUUAUAAGUAAACCAGCCAGAGGAUGGUUACACCCUGAUCAUUUAGUGAGCAAAGAAGGAAUUACCUAUACUGUUAAAUAUAUAGGAUGUCUUGAAGUAUACACAUCUAUGAAAAGCUUAGAUUUUGAAACAAGAUCAUGCGUUGCCAAAGAAUGUAUAAACAGAGUUUGUGAAGCAGCUGGUUUAAAAUCUGCAGAUAAAAAGAGAAGGGUGGAUAGGAAAGUGUUAAGAGCAAUAGCAGAUAAACCUCGCAUGGAACAUACAGGUGCUACAAUAAAUUUAACUAUUAGUAGCUGCAGCUUAGCUUUGACUAACAUAGAGACUGGAUAUACUAUUGCCAAACAUGAAAUGCCACGUAUAUCUUUUGCUUCAGGUGGAGAUACGGAAAUAUUAGAUUUUGUAGCAUAUGUUGCUAAAAAUAUGCAAGAAUGGCGUGCUUGUUAUGUAUUAGAGUGUGGAGGAGGACUUGCACAAGAUGUCAUAUCUACUAUUGGACAAGCUUUUGAAUUACGAUUUAAAGAAUUUCUUACAAAACCAGCUUCAUUACACCCUAUGUUAAAUGGCAUGCGAGAAGCAGACAGAGAUUAUUAUAAUGAUCUACCAGGGAAAGUACCACCUGAUAUUGGGCCCCCACCAGUUCCACCAUUACCAAUUUCAGCAUCAACACUACCUAAUUUAAAACAUCACCAUUCUACUCAAAAUCAUGUGUCACGUAGCAAUGUACAAAACUCUGCUUUACAUGACACAUUUUCCAUAAAUUCUGAUAGACAUCAUCAACAAUGGGCAGAAAGUGAUAACUUAAUUGACUUGAAUUCUGAUGGAACAUCAACAAAUUUCAAUAUUCCUCCUGAACAUAACUAUGUAAAUGACAGUGUCAUAGCAGCUACAAGAGAAAGCCAUCGUGACCAAACAUCACUUUUCGAUGUGUUUGAUAUGCAGCCAUUUAGUUCUGCGAUAUCAGAUUUGAAUAGAUUAAGUCCCCAUUCUCAAAAGCAACAAUUAAAACAAGAGAUAUGGUUCCAUGGUAGUGUUAGUCGUGCUGAAGCAGAAUCAAUGUUAACGAGGGAUGGUGACUUUUUGGUUCGAGAAUCUCAAGGCUCGCCUGGACAAUAUGUCCUUACUGGUAUGAACAAUGGUACUCCAAAACAUUUACUGUUAAUUGAUCCGGAAGGCGUAGUUCGCACAAAAGACCGCGUUUUCGAUAGCGUUAGCCAUUUAGUAAAUCAUCAUUGUGACAAUGUAUUACCAAUUAUAUCAGCAGACAGUGUUUUAGUACUUCGGUAUCCAAUUCCCAGACGUACAAAUAAUUGAUUUUUACAAACUUAUAAUAGUACACAAAGUAACGACUGAGAUUCACAUUUGGUAUCGAUCAAUCUCACUAGUAUUUACUAAAAAAGAUCGAUACUGAAUAUGCUUUUCAUAGCAAAAAUUUCAUGCCAUGAAUACUUUUCUUUAAAAGAGGAGAAAAAGGUUUGUCAGAAAAACGGUUUAUCCUAAUUUUACCUUCUAUUCUUAUCAAAAGAAAGACUUAACAUUUCACGAAAUAUAAUCUUAUAAUUAUUAGUAAUAUCACCGUGCAGAGAGAAGUGUUGAAUCAUAUUCAAAAUUAAAGAAGUUAUUAUUAGAUGUUAAAUUAUGAUGAUUAGUGUGUAAAAGAUUUUAUCAAAGUAUUUUUAUGUAUCAAUUUUUUUGUAAAAAGAAGUAUAUGUAUAAAAAAUGGUAGUAUUUACAGUAUUCUUUGUUUAAUUUAUUAAAUUGAAUUUUUGAGAUACUUUCUCAUACAUAAUUUUUAAAUAAUACCAGUACUUCCAUUAAAUAUAAACAUAACAUACGUAUCUUUAAUUGUUUACAAAUACUUAUAAGUUUAUAGUUGCAAAACUAUAUGAAUUUCUCUUUUCAUUAAAUAUUCAACUUAAAAUAUAUAAAAAGAUAACAUAAAUGAUAUUGACGAAUAUUAAAAGAUAACUUUCAACUUAAAAUAUAUCAAUGUUACAUCUGUUAAAUAUUAGACAAAGAUUUUUUUAAAUUGACUAAAAUCAAUUAUUCGAUAUAACUCAAUAUUAAAUCAAAUAUAAUUUUUUUAUUCAAUUUACAUCUAAUUAAUUCAACUUUUGUGUAAGACUCAAAACAGUAUCUUACAUAUGCCAUUACUACACCUCAAAGUGUGCCACAAUUUAAUUUUUUUAGUGAAGAUUUGGUACUGACUACUGAAUAAAAUAAAACUAUACAUUUGUAAUUUUAGUCAUUUCACGUUAUAAAACUCGCAAAAUAAUUAUGUGCAUAAAAAAAAAUAUAUAUAUAUGUAUAUAUAUAUUUUUUUUUACGAAUUUUGUAAUAUCCUAAUAGUAUGACAUUUUGAUUCCAUAUUUGUGAGGUAAUUUUCAUUUGUAAUCUCAAUUUUAAUAGAGAACUGUAUAUUUAUAUUUUAUCUAAAUAUAUAAUAAUUAAAGUGAAUUUUGUAUUCUGCAUAUUUAUUUGCAGAAAUAUUUGAACUGAGUCCUGCAAAGGACCUCGCGUUUGCACUUUUAUAUUAUGCAUAUAUUAAAAUAUUUAUUGCGCUUAAAUAUGGCCUAUAUUGUAAUGUUUUUAGUAUUAAAAUAUACAAAUUAUAAUAUUUAA